GUCCAUUUAAGCUGUAGAACAACUGCGUGGAUCGUCAGUGGGAACAGGAUACACCUGAGCUCAAUUUGGAGCUUCACCACAAAGGCUGUGAAUACAACACUAACCGGGGAGCCCACACAGCGCCGCGGCUCACUUCCUAAAUGUCUACACGGAGCUCCUAUUUGCUGUUGACACGCGGAGUGGCAGCCCUCUUAAAAGUUGAGGGGGAGUUCAGGGGGGGGUUCCGUGGCUCGGAAAUUCUGUCUUCACAGCAACACCACUACUUCCUCUUCCUCCACCACCACCACCACCAUCGUCGCCGUGCAGCAUGAUCUCGAUGAUCAAUCGCCUCCAGGAUGCCCUGGGCAGCGCGGGCCUGAGCUACAACCUCCUCCUGCCGCAGAUCGCGGUGGUGGGCGGUCAGAGUUCUGGGAAGAGCUCCGUGCUGGAGAACUUUGUGGGCAGGGACUUCCUUCCCCGAGGUACCGGGAUAGUCACUCGCAGACCUUUAGUCCUGCAGCUGCAUCACUCCGACACCGAGUACGGGGAAUUUUUGCACUGCAGGGGGAAGAGGUUCUCCGACUUUGACGAGAUCUGUCAAGAAAUUGAGGCAGAAACCUACAGGCUCACCGGAACCAACAAAGGCAUCUCUCCCGUUCCCAUCAGCCUGCGCAUUUUCUCUCCUAAUGUGCUCAACCUGACCCUGGUGGACCUUCCCGGCAUCACCAAGGUGCCCGUGGGCGACCAGCCGCCAGACAUCGAGUACCUGGUGCGAGACAUGAUCAUGCAGUACAUCUGCAAGGAGAACUGCCUCAUUCUGGCCGUGACGCCUGCCAACAUGGACCUGGCCAACUCGGACGCACUCAAACUGGCCAAAGAUGUCGACCCACAGGGCCAGCGCACAAUAGGUGUGAUCACAAUGCUGGACCUGAUGGAUAAAGGAACAGAUGCUCGGGAAAUACUAGAGAAUAGAUUGCUUCCACUGAGAAGAGAUUUUGUAUUCCCCCCCCCACCCCCCUCCCCAGGUUAUAUCGGGCUAGUGAACCGCAGUCAAAAGGACAUAGACGGAAAAAAGGAUAUUAAGACAGCCUUGCAAGCGGAAAAGAAGUUUUUCCUGUCUCACCCAGCUUACAGGCACAUGUGCGACCGAAUGGGCACGCCGUACUUGCAGAGAUCCCUCAACCAGCAACUGACGGACCACAUCCGGGACAGUCUGCCUACGCUCCACAAUCACCUGCAGUAUCUGCUUGUGUCCAUCAGUAAAGAAAUUGACACGUACAAACUAUACAAUCCUGAUGACCCCAUUUGCAGGACCAAGACCCUCAUCAAGCUAGUUCAGCAACUGGCCGGCGACUUUGAGAGGCUGAUCGAGGGCUCAGCAGACGAAGUAAACACAGCAAACCUUUCGGGCGGCGCAAGGAUCAACCAGAUCUUCCACGAGCGCUUUCCCUACCAACUGCACAAAAUGAAGUGUGACGAAAGGAAGCUGCGGAUGGAGAUCGCCUAUGCCAUCAGGAACAUUCAUGGUGUCAGAACGGGCUUGUUUACCCCGGACAUGGCUUUUCAGGCCAUUGUAAAGAAGCAGAUCUCCAAACUAAAAAUCCCAUGUUUCGGAUUUGUCGACAUGGUCUGCAAAGAACUGGUCUCCACCAUAUACGAGUGCUUCAGUAAGCUCGGUUCUUUUCCUAAGCUGCGGGAAGAAACUGAGCGACUUGUCACCACUGAAAUCCGUGAACAAGAGAGCACAUGCCGGGAUCAGAUCUCUCUGCUCAUCGACAUGCAGCUCGCCUAUAUUAAUACCAAACAUGAAGACUUUAUUGGCUUCGCUCAUGCUCACCCCCUGUGCCACCGCAGCGAUAACAAGAUCGUUGCCGGCAGUGGAGCGCAACAGGGUGUGGCCCCUCCCUCGAGUCUAAUAGUCAUACGUAAAGGAUGGCUCACCAUCAACAACGUCAGCAUCAUCGCCAAGGACUACUGGUUCAUACUCACCGCCGAGAGCCUGUCCUGGUUCAAAGACAACGAGGAGACAGAGAAGAGGUACAUGCUCCCUCUGGACAACCUCAAGGUCCGAGAUGUAGAGAGGGGCUUCAUGUCCAGCAAAUUCACCUUCGCCCUCUUCAAUUCUGAGUCAAGGAACGUGUACAAGGACCAUAAGCUUCUGGAGCUGGUCUGCAACUCUCAGGAGGAGCUGGACAUCUGGAAGUCUUCUCUGCUCCGGGCUGGUGUCUACCCAGAGGAGGUCACGGUGGACGCGCAGGGCAACGGGCCGUCCGAGAACUUUACCGACCCCCAGCUGGAGCGCCAGGUGGAGACCAUCCGCAACCUGGUGGACUCCUACAUGGGCAUCAUCCACAAGACGGUCAAGGACUUGAUGCCGAAGGCCAUCAUGCACCUGAUGAUCAACAGCGUGAAAGAGUUCAUUAGCUCGGAGCUGCUGGCCCAGCUCUACGCUCUGGGAGACUGUUCGGCGCUGAUGGAUGAGUCACCCGAGCAGCGGCAGCAUCGCGAGCAAGCGCUCGGCAAGCACGCCGCCCUGCAGGCCGCGCUCGACAUCAUCGGUGAAAUCUCCACCUCCGGCAACGCCCCCGCGGAUGUCUCUCACUCCGGCUUGCGGCAAUUCAGCGCCACGCUCCCUAAAAAGUCGGCGACGUGCGACAAGUCUCGAACCCGCGGCCGCGCCCCGCCCGUGCCCGUCCUCGCCAACCAGCGGCUCCCUGGCCCAGCUUGCGUGCCCAGGAGACCUGCUCCGGCAGCCCCAAACCCCAAAUAGGAGGACCACCCCACCUCCCCGUCCCGACGACCACUAUCCAGCUGUGCAACGUGCGACCCGGCCCGAGUGCUGCCGUCUGCGCACUUCGCCAGUCGUGAGCCUCUUUUGUACAUACGCUAGCAUUGGCUGCUGAUUUUUCAAGUGCCUCAACUUUGUGUACAUAUAAAUAUGCUAUUUUAUGAACAGGAGAAAAAAACAACCACUAUUUUAUAACUUUCUUUUUAAUAAAGAGCUAUUUUAUUUUUCA